AUGGCCGGUGCAUACUUGGAGCUAGCCGAAGGUGAUACUGCCGCGUCUUUAAAGUGUCAGCAUGCGGCUGGCGGCUUACUCUUUGCCGUCUACCUUCUGGCACGGACGAACAACUCCGGUAUCAGGAACACUCAUCUCGAGAAGGAUCACACAUCUUUGAGCUACUUCUGGACGUCAAAUUCUGGACGUCAAAUUCUGGACGUCAAAUGCUGGACUUCAAAUUCUGGCUUUAUCUUUGCCAUUGCCUUCCUCAAUAUGAUCCCCAAUGGACCAAGAUCCAUGUUCCUCCCGAUCAUUAUCAACGGCUUCGGUUUCAGCACAUUGAACACCUUCCUCCUCCUCUACAUACCUUACGGGUUCAUUACUGGCAUGGUGAUUUAUGCCAUGACUCAUGCGGCUUACAGGUGGCAGCACGUCCGAUGCUGGAUCAUCGCCGUGGGACAUUAUUGCACGACCGUCGUCUCCCCGCAGCCUCAUGUCGGCACCAUCCUUCUCUGGUUGAUUGCCGCGGUUGCUUUCCUACGGUCGCGGAAAUUACUCGCUCUAAUCCUGCUUGUCGGCACCGCUGCUCUCAGUCUAUGCUUGCUCCAAAGCUCCGCGCAGAUCCAGACCCUCGAGGAGUCGACGGCCUCACUCUUCCAAGGCCACCAUGCGCACGAGGAGACGACGGCCUCGCUCUUCCAAUGCCACCAUGCAAACGUCUACAUCUAUGACUACAACCGAUGCAGAGACUAUGCGGGAAUCUCGGAGGCUUUCGACUACGGCUACGAGGAUGACUUGACGGACAAAAAGACGCCCUUCGAUCGAGAUGCCCACGUGGAGGUCGUGGUGAAAUCUGGCAAUGACGACGCAGGGAUAGACAACCGAAUAUGCUUCCGCCAACGGUACCGACGGCGACCGCCUUCGCAGGAAGUUGAGAUCGGCAAUACCGUUCCUCGCGCGCUACAAGUCAACAAGUCCGACUCUGGGACAAGACGGAGAAGAUGGUCCGGCAAAAAUACCCCCAGCCGUCAAACAAUCCCCCGGAGAGCAGGAGAGCAAGAGAACAAGAGAGUAAGAGAGCAAGAGAACAAGAGAGUAAGAGAGCAAGUUGUACAUCGUGUCUGUCAGGAUGGCCACGCCGGCGAGAAUGGCGAUUACGGAGCCCAGAACAGCGUGAGGCAGACUGUGGCCGCCUCACCCUCCCAAUCUUUGGCUACUUUCUCACUCUUUUGGCGAGCAGAUACUCUUGACACCAACAAUAUCACCAUUGCCACUCCUUGGGAACAGCAGACCUAUUCCCACACGCCAACAUUGUCAUCAAAGACCGCAAGAUCGUAUUGUUUCUGGUCCAAGCAUGCCUACCAACUAAAAAAAACCCAAAGGAAGCAUUGUUAUAACUGGACCUUCUCGACAGCCUCCAAUGUCCACAUAGCCAUCGACUGUGCCACCUUCAAGACAUACGUCUCCUUCAAGUUAUACGUCCUCACAGUUUCUGACCCACGCCGAGUGCCAGUUCGCGGCAUUGGUUCAGUCGAACUCAAGCUUCAUCGAGAACCGGGCAGCGCGACAGGACGAGUGGCCGUGGCGAAAGCUGUGUCUCCGUCGAUGCAGGCCCCGGCGUGCGCAAGUCAUCCGUAUCACUGCGUGGAGUGGCCGCCGCGCGCAGAAGCCCUCUGUCCACCUCGCUUCUCUGCUUCAACGCCUCCCACGCGGCGAGACCAGCUGGCGGCGCGGCGCAGGAGGGUCCUCAGCGUGCCGUCCGUCGGGCAUGCAAGUUCUGCGGCGGGUUUGGUGCUGUCUAUGCAUGUUGGCGGGGUUCCUCCAGGGAACGUCGUUGUCUGGUUCAAUGGGUUCUGUCCCACACCUCAAAAUUGGCUUGCUGGCUGUGCGCACCCGGCGACUCCGUCGUCUGCGAGACCCGAGGUCAAGAAGACAAACGUUCCCAUGCUCAUGGCCAAAGCCGUCAAAGAAGGCUACGAGGUCACUUACAAAGGCCUUCUGGCAUGGUGUGACCAUCAAGAGCCUGCUGAUGUUCCACGAUUCCGUCUCUUUCUCGUGGCAAUGGAGGCUGCCUUCGCAAACAUCCUUCGUCGCAUCGAUCACACCCAUCGAAGAGCCACCGACGACCGUGCAAACAUGAGCAAGUUAGUAUACCGGGCGUGGGAGGUGGAGGCACGGAGCCCUCGCGAGUCGAUGGGCCGUGGAUGGAAGGUUUCUAGAGGCCGCUGCAGAACGAGCCCGCAACAAGUCAAGACUGUGCCCGCGUAG